UGAUUAGCCUGGAUUAUUUAUGUUCUAUAAUAUUUGAAAAUCGCUAAGCAACAUAUUUCAUGAACUAAAUUUUUUUUAGUUUUGAAAAUAUGAAAGAUGAAACCAUUUAGUAUAGAUGAUAUUCGAGAUUCGAAUUUUUCAGAGUUACGAGCAAAGUGCUUAGAGCCAGAUGCAACUAUACGCUGUCCUCCUAAUUAUGAUCCAAUAGUUCAAAAGAAAAAAUUCAACGAUCCAUUACUACCCGACCACUUAGACAAAAAUACAACAUAUGGCGUUAUAACAAAGAGUAAAUUAUCUGCCGGCGAUGUGAUUUUUCCAAACAAAAUAUUUCAAAAAAAUGAUAAUGAUGAUAAAAAAGAAACAGAUUUAUAUAAAGUUUCUCAUCACUCAUAUGGAAUUGGCGAACAGUUAAAUCGAAAGUAUAAUAACAGUUUUGAUCCAGAUUAUCGGUAUGGUAAAUCUCUAAAAUGGUUACCAGCGGGUGUGUGGUUUAAAAAUAAUGUUGAAACUAAAUCGUCAAGUGAAAAUAAAAAUGUGCUCACUGAUUAUAUUAGUAAAUUAUUGGAAAGUAAAGAGAAUACGCAGUGCCGGUAUCCGUACAUCGACAACCGUCAAGGAAAAUUCAUAGGCAGAUCGUAUUUAAGAGCACAAGACAUUUUAACCGGAAACGAACCAGACAAAAAAGAAUUUGAGCGUAUCGACUAUUCAUCGACAGUCAGUAGAUUAAAACAUUAUAUCAAAGAAAAAAAAUACGAUUUAAAAGAAUUGCAUGAAAAGUUCAAAUUGUUUGAUAAGGAAUGCACGGGAUGGCUGCCACUGGAACAAGUGUAUAAAAUCUGUUACCAACAUAAAAUCAAGCCUGAAAAAAAAUUGUUCGAUCUUGCCUUACAUUCUAUUAAUGCCAUUAGUAACAACAAUGUCAGAUAUAAUUUAUUUCUGGAUUUACUCGACCCAAAUGUAAUGUUUUCAACGGUUUCAAACAACGAUGAUCAUACAGAUAUCGACAGAUUUAUUCCGACGUAUAAAAACGAUUAUGGCAACACACUGUCUCGUAGCAUUCAAUUAAAUAAAAACCUCAACGACUAUACAUCUGUUAAACCAAAAGCCUUAAUUUAUUUGGAUUGUUUUGGGUCUGAAACGAAUGUAAAAACAUUGUUGAACCCGACAAUAUUUUCAAAUUAUGGAUUAACUUACAGAGACUUUUAUAUAGGUCGCAGUAAAGAUGUAAUGAAAAAACUGUUUCAAGACAUUGGAGUGAACUUACCAAAUGAAAUUUUUAAUAUUGCCUGGGAUAAUGCUUACGCAUGUGAUGGUAUCGACGACAAAGUUAGCAUAGAAGUUUUUAGACAGGCUUUACAAGAAUUGGCCAACAGAAUGAUCGACCAACAAUAUGAUAACAAAUAAAUUAAUAUUUAAAUUAUAUUACAAUGUUUACUAUUAUUGAUUACAGAUCAAGUAAAAAUACAAAAUCCUUAACAGUGAAUAAUAAUUUAUGAGUAU